AAACUUUCAGCCUAAGGAUCAGGUGCUCCUUUUCAACUCAAGGUUACAAUUGUUCCCUGGAAAGCUGCGAUCUAGAUGGUCAGGACCAUUCACCAUCAAAGAGGUUCGCCCCUACGGAGCUGUUGUGUUGCUGGAAACUAAAGGUGAGGAAUUUGUUGUCAAUGUGGUCAAUGCCUAAAGCCAUAUCUUGCUGAGACAACAAUCGCAGAGGGUGAAGAAAUUCCCCUAAGCGACCCUUCCUUAGCCUAACAGGCUAACCAAGUCAAGCUAAUGACUUAAACCAAGCGCUUGGUGGGAGGCAACCCACUGGUGAGUGUAAAUAUCUCCUUUAGAUUUUUACUUUGUUUUUCUUUUAAUUUAUUUGCAGGAUAAAAAUCAGAAAAAUCCCGAGUUACUCAACCGGAACAGUUUUCAGGCUGUUCCUGAUUCAGAGCAGCUGCUCCGCUAAGGUAAGUUUCUCGGGACCCAAAAAAAAAAAAAAAUUAGAUUUGAAUUAAUUUUGUAAAAUUAAGGAAACCCUAGCAAGUGGGAAGUGGGGCACGAAGUGGGGGCCUAUAAAAAGGAAACUUUCCCCAUCUCUCUCUCACUUCCACCAAAACUGCCUCCUUCAUCGAUUCUCCCCAUUCCCCAUUAAAACCCUUAACUCUUUAAACUUCUUCAACUUGUUUUGAGAAUUGCGGUUUAUACUUGCUUGGAUUUCGAGUUGUUUGGCUAAUUUUGCAGGACUUUUCUAUCAACAAUUGAACGGUAAGAGGCGAAAUCACAUUGUGACUCUCGGCCAAAAAUCUUCUCUUGUACCUCUCUUUUGCGCUUGAAUAGAUCGAUUUUAGGGUUUUUCAAAAUCAAAAUCGACCUCUCCUUUUGCUGCUACGAUAUUUAAGAGAAGUAGAGUUGAGAAUAGGUUAAAUCGAUUAGGAUAGAUGGAAAGUUAUAACCUUUGCGCCACUGAUCUUCAAUUGCACAUGCAUCGAUUGUUUGGAUAUAGAUUUUGGGAUCUAUUAAAUCGAUUUCUAUUGAUUGGCGAGUUGAUCUAAGUACCUAGUCUUCUACGUGAUUGUAUCUAGUAUACCAUUAUCGAUUGCUUGUUCUCUCUACAUUGGGUUAUGGAAAAGUUUGGAAAAAGCACCUACAAUCGUAGAAGCUUCCAACUUUUUCUACUAAACCCAAUCGAAUGGUACUAAGAACUUUCUUUUGGUUUUGUUUUGCAGAUGGCUCCCAGACGUACCAAGAUGGCUUCCAGUAUUAAACCACCAUACGCUCGAGGAGAACUGGAGGAUGACACCAUCUUCCCGACCCACCCAUGGCCACGAGAAGAGGGAACAGAGAUCUCCCUCACUGACCCAAACAUCCCUGCCAAAUCCGAGGAACGAUGGGAUAAGGAAGCCUCGCGUCGCUACAACUCCUUGCUCAACAUCAACAUCCUUCCAACACGAUUUUUUGACGCUGGGGCUUUGAACGACUUGGGGGUCCACGAGGAUUUACAUGUUGUUCUCCAAGUGUUGGGAAUAGCUGAUCUCUGCCACAUCACUUACCCGCUGUACCCAGAUUUGGUGAGACAGGUCCUAGCCACCGCGGAGCUAACCUUCAAGAGGCCCAACUUCCCAAUCUUUGAGGAAGCCUCCUUCACUUUCUUUGCGAGUGGUGUCAAGCAUUCCAUCAGUUUGAAGAAGCUGACCGAGAUCUAUGAAAUAUCUGAAGAGUACACUGCGACAUCCUUCCCAAGGAAGUUUCCUCCCGAGCAAGCGUUCUGGAAGUUCAUCGCUUCGGGAGAUUUCAAAUCGCGAUCAGCCAGUCAUCUCGCAUCCGCAACCCUGUUCUGCGGAUUGCUGCAAAGGUCCUGA